CCGUUUUAGAUGACAAAAAGGGCUUAAGAGAUGAGCUCGGUGAUGACUCUCUUGGAGUCUCACCUUCCUCCACGUCUCUGUGUCUUUGGCUCUUUGUAGACCAUGGAAGCCCAUGCUCUUGAGCAGAGAGAUUUCAACCCUUCUCCCUCUCACCUUACCCUUCUUAUCGCUGAAUAGUGGUUGCAUAAGGUGAGCUCUCAGAAAUCAGAAUUGGCGAUUGCUUCAAGGAGCAAGAGAACCUGAAACGCCUUGAUUCAUCCAAAUCCGAUUCAUUUUCAGGUGCACUCCAACUAGUCCCAAUUUCAUAUAUUUUUUUUUGUAGUGGAUUUGAUCGGAAUUUGUUUCUAGAUUGGUGGGUUUUAUCUGUCUUCGGAUCAAGGUCGGUGGGUUUUGAUUCAGAGAUCUGUUCUAUUAUUAUUUGGUUUCUCCCCAAAUGGUCUGUUCCCGUAAAUUGAUUUCGUUCUGCAAUUCCUCUGGUCGCCCUAUAAACAUGGCUACAAAUCCGUUAACAUAUCCCGAUCCAUCCACCAUUAUCUCAAGGCAGAAUCAUCAACUCCAAAGAAACAGAAAGCAACCCAAUUCUCAAAACCCCUUAAAGGUUCCACCUUGCAAUCAAUCUCGAGCUGCCGCGGUGGAUGUGUUGAUCUUCAUUGCGGUGAUUGGUGCUUCUGGGUUUCUGGUAUUUCCAUAUGUUAAGCUAUUCUUCCAUGGCAUUUCCGGAGUUGUCGAGGUGAUUCUUUCUGUUGUGAAAGACGAGGUAUGUCGAGCUCCAAUGGUCUAUGCAUCCAUGGGGCUUAGCUUUUUCUUUGCAACAUUGGGUAUAUGGGGUAUCUCUAAAUGCACCCGAACUGGUAGGAAAUGUGGAAACCCCAACUGCCGCGGCCUCCGUAACUCGGUGGAGUUUGAUAUACAGAUUGAGACUGAAGAAAAUUUGAAGAAUUCGAGUUCUUCCGUGAGCAAAGAUAGUAGUGUGCAGGGCCUUCUUGAAUUUGUACAAGAACAUCAUAAAGAAUUAGAAAAUGAAUUAAGGAAGAUGGCGCCUGCAAAUGGGAGGGCUGUCAUCGUUUUCCGUGCCAGAUGCGGCUGUCCUAUAGGUAGGAUGGAAGUUCCAGGACCGAAGAAGGUCAGAAAGAUCAAGAAGUAGAGGAAAUUUUAUUGGUUAUUGAUAAAGAGGAACUCGUAUAGGAGGCCAGUUUCAACUUGGAGAAAAAGAUUGCUUGUAUACUCAAGCUUCCCUGAACUAUACUGUAUUUAAAUAAGUCAGAUCAAAAUAAGCUUGUAAGGAUUCUAGUGAAAGUGAAUUUGAGCAUUAGCUUCAUAUGGUAUCUGUCUAUUAUAAUAUGAUGCAUUUCUCUCAAA